CCGCGUUUGACAAAACGAGCGCACUUAAAGUUGUAAAACUAGGAAGUUGGAAGAUAAUUCCAGAUGCAUUUGAGGAACUCCAGUUAAUCUCAAAAUGAGCAGAAUUUACCAUAACACAUCCUUGCAAAAUAAACCAGUCCAUAAUGAUAGAAUAGACAGCAUUUGGCCACCUGCAUCUGACAGCGGGCCGGGGGUCCUUCUCGAAGGAAUGCUUCGGGAUGUCUCCCGACAUGUCAUCACCGACGUCAAUAAUCAGAAGGUGCGUUUCUAUGCAUUGUACAUCAAACCAACCCGUAUCCAUCAGCGAAGGUUUGACCCCACCGGAAAGGAAAUCGAGCCGAAUUUCAGUGACACCAGGAAGGUCAACACUGGUUACCUAAUGUCCUCCUUCAAGACGGAGGCCAAGGGGGAGUCGGACCGUCUGUCUGAGCAGCAGCUGGCGGCCAUGGUGAACCAGGCAGAGCUGGUGAAGAUAACCUGCAAGCACACACCCAGCGGCGGAACCCUGGCCUUCUGGUACCCCGAGGCCCAGAUGGAGAACACAGAGCUUGAGGUGGGCCAGGAGGUGCGCCUCAAGACCAGAGGAAACAGCCCCUUCAUCUUCUCGUUAGCCCAGGUGGACGCCGGUAAUGUAACAAAGUGCAAUUUCGCUGGAGAUGAAAAUGCUGGCGCAUCAUGGACGGACAAGAUCAUGGCCAACAAAGCAGGGGCAGCUGGUGUUCAGAGCAACAGCGGAGAGGGACAGGGGGCCGAGGAGGACGAAUGGGACGAAUGAAGCAGAAAUACAAGCAUGAGCCUUUCCCUGCUGUUCUAGUUCCUCGUGGAGCGCUGGCUGACACUCCUCUGUAUGUUUCUACAAGUAUUUGGAUCUUUCCCUGAUUCACUCCCUCCAGCCAAAUCAACUGUCUUUUUAAACAAAGACUUUGUUUGAUUAGGCUUCAGCAUAAUAAGAGGUUGGGUUCAUGGGUGUGAGCUCCACUGUUUCCUCCCCCAGUCGUCUUUCAGGUUGUAUUGUGGGUUGUACCCGGUGCAAUAAUGAUGGGACCCAUUCAAUUACAUUUUUCGGCAUUCCAUAAAGAAGAGAAACACAGAUAACCUUGACUGGAAGCCCAGACAGCAAAGCCAUGAAAGGGAGAACAUUUAUGAAACUGUUGUGUGUUAAGUUAAAAAAUACUAAUACAUCUGUAAUAAAACAUAAAACAUUGAAACACACUCAUCUAUGAUCAAACCCCAUCACUUUUGAGAACUACAAGUUUUUUAAUAACAAGACAAUUUCUGGAAGAAGCUAUGAAUAGAAGGCACUCAACAUUGUAGGCACUCAACAUUGUAACCGGCUAUAAGCCAAUCUUUAAAUAGAAACACAGGGAAAGAUUAUCGGAGAAUCAACAGCAAUGGGUGCUUUUAAUUCCACAUGUGAAAAGAUGUUACGCGGUUUAUAAUUGUUGUUUUGAAACAAUCCUACGUAGACUAAUUGAACAUUGAAAUAUAUACAUCAUAGAUAUACAUUUGUAUUGACUUCAUUAUGAUCAACAUUUGUGUAUGGUUAGGGUCUACAUUUGUAGACCCUAACCCUUGCAUAACAUUUUUUAUUAUAAAACUUUUUAAACCCAUUUCUUCCAUUUAGUUAAUCAUUCUAACACAUUGUUUUCAUUGCUACAAAACAUUUUUUAUUACAAUAAAAAAAGUACCAUUAUGUCUUGAUUUCUGCUUGAUUUAAGAGAAAUGACUUACAAUAUGUAGCUAGCGUUUAUAUCUUUCAAAAGUACAAAAAUAGGCAGUGAUUACCGCACUAGGCGUGUAUUUAAUGACAGUAAUAAGUGCAGGUUUAUUAUUAACCUCAGUAUGUGCAGACACAAUAACAAGUAUUUAAACAUCACUACAUAUUAUAAUAAUUUCUUCAACAAACAAAAUCUUACUUUGUGCCACUUUAAAUGUAUAAUUUUCUCAAUGAAUUCUGACAGUGUUUCCCAAUGAAUUCUGACAAAUGACAAAACUCUUUAUAGAUUAAGCUGGACUUCCACCUGUGGGUCUCAAUAUAGAAUAUAGAUAAAUAAUUGAUUGAUCCAUCAGAGUAGGUUCAUCCUCUCAAUUUAAGCAUACUGGAAUCGUUGAUGACAGCAUGAAAUUGCAUUCAUGUAUUGCCAAGUAAAACAGUGUAUUGGCAUCGGAAAAAAAUAUUGCAACAAUUAUGAUUUGAUCACUCAGGAUUUUAAUGGUUUGUUCAAAGUCUGCAUGUCAACUUUGGAGUGUCAAGUUUCAUUUUUUUAUCUUCCUUUUUUGAAAGUGCAAAGUUCAGUUCUAUACAAGGCUUGCUAAAAAGAUUAUGUGCUGUACCACUCCUCAGAGCCUGUUUCUGCCAGGAACCAUUCCAGUACUGUUUGCUUGUUCUCCUUGACCCACUGGUUGUUUGCUUGGGUCUGCUCUAUUGCCUGGUUCAUAAGCAUGUUACUUGUUGCAUUCUGCAGCACCUGGAACUGCCUCAACUAUAAGCAUUGACAACACACAAACACACACACACACACACACACACACACACACACACACACACACACACACACAUACACACAUACACACCAGACACACGCACACACACACACACACACAUACAUUUUAAAUAAACAUUAGAUAGCCCAUAAGUUGUAGCCCUUAUGAAAAAGUAUGAGUUUAUAUACAUUCCAUUCAAGU